CGCACUUUUGGCUUGCUGCUACUGCUGAGCACGUUUGCCGUAUAUAUACACGGGUCUCCACGAGACCUCCCCAUGCUCCCUCGAGAUGUACAGUGGCUCCACGCUCACCAGGGCAAGAAAGAGGAAGGGGACGACGACGACUCUGGACAUCCUCCCCUCGUGACCGGAGACAUCCUCACCAGCGGCUCUGACGACCACCGCACUUCCGCGCCUCCCUCUUCGCCUGCCAUGAGCUUUCCAACAUCUGCGGUCGGCCCGAACCCUAUCGGGCAGAACAGUCCCAUAGGACCGCCCAUCAACAACAACAAUCCUUGGGCAUCCGCGGCAUCGUCCUGGUCAAAGUUCCAGGAGUCGCAGCUUACCAAGUCGACCCAAUCAUCGCCCCCAUCCACGUUUCAGACUUUGACUUCGUCGUCCACUUCCAACCAGGCCUACUCAGAGUUGAACACCCCACCCGUCACCAAAACAUCUUCAUCGUCUAACGGUGCAUUCACCACGUCAGGUGCCGAUGACGCUGCCGACACCAGACCCGGCUAUGACCACAAAAAGCAUGCCAGCCAGACGCCCAUAUACGCGGCAGCUGCCGUGUCCGUCUUGACUUUCGCCAUAAUGGGUUUUAUCAUUUACUUUUGCAUGCGCAAACGCAAGAGACAGAAUCAGGCCUUGGCAGCAGUUACAGUUCCCCAAUCUCAGAUGAAGCAACGCGACGGAACUGCUCAAGCUCUUGAGAUCCAAGCCUACAUGGCAGCUACAACCGCCCCUCCAACAUCGCUCACCCGAGAGCCCUCCUACACAGCGCCCCCAAGCGGUUCCCCUCCCCCGCACACGCCUCCCCCCGUCAUCCUGGGCCCCAUCUCAGCAGGCUCCAACGGAAACUACUUCACGGGAAUCGACACCUCUGACCUAGUCUCAAUAACAAGCAACGACCAACACCGUCCCGCCGACCUCGAUCGCAGCAAUGCUGUGGGCCUAGGGAACCCAUUCGCAGAUAGCAACAGUCUUAAUGAGGAACCCCCGCCGCCGUACCGUCCACGUAGCGUGUUUCUAGCAUCGUCGCGCGGGUCUCUUGCGCCUUCGUCGUCUUCCGUAGCUUCGUCUUCUCACAACCGUGGCUUGGAGGGGGAUGGCGUCGCAGGUGUGCGCUCGCCUUUCGACGAUGCGCAUGGUGUUUUCGAUGAUUCGGACUCUUUCGUGUCGACCAGGUCCGAUGCAUUGCUUCGCGGUCGACCGUAGAGUGUUUUAAUUCUCCAGCAAUGGGCAUGGAUGCUUUGUUGCUCGACUACAUCCUUUUCUUGUUCCGAAGUUUGGUCACUUAAUCUUUUCCUCUUAUUCUUUUCUACUCACUUUCCUUCGGCUCGGUUUUAUAUUUUUCUAUACGAUGAUAUGAUGGUACGAAUACUGCGUAAGGCAUGGGUUUUUGUAUGUGUAUAUAUUGAAUUCUCUUUCUAGGUAGCUCUAGGUAGCUCUCUGUUGUAGGUUCAGUGCGUAGGGUAUGUCCUGAGAUAGCUUCUCACCGGCAAACAGACCCUGAUAAAAAAUAGUAUGAAGUAUUGAAAAGGUGGAAUGUGAUGUUAGUAUACAUUGAAUUCAUGAUUGAUAUGGAAUAGUUGAUUCUCAUUCCCCUUUCAUCUUUCGGAUCAUAGUCGGGCACCAGCACUGAACACCUCUUCAAUCGCAUGAAGUAAGGGAGUGGAAACAUCAUUGGCUCAUCUGCCUAUGGCCCUCUCUCCUCUAUACCUUCUGUUCUUCCCCCUCGCUCAUCUUCUCUUUUCCCUACACCCCUUCUGAUCCGAAUACCACUGACCUGAAUAACUCCCCAUUUUCCCAUAUUGCGUCCAUCUCACCCCGACUUUAUCUCGCACGCUUUUCUCUAUCAUAACAUGUAUUUGCUUCUCAUAACUAACCGAAUUUAUCCAGAAUCCACAGACAACUUGCGUCUAAGACAAAAGAAGAUGAUUCUG